AUGGUACACAAACAUGCCUUUGAAGCUUUAGAUAGGACGAUGACCAACGUAUUUUCGGAAGGUAGGAGUAUUCGUUUAGAUAUUCGUUUUGGAGGUAAAGUUAUUGUAUUUGGUGGUGACUUUAGACAAAUCCUACCUGUUAUUCCUAAUGGUACUAGACAAGAAAUUGUUAGUGCAUCUUUAAGCUCUUCAUAUAUAUGGUCAAAAUGCAGACUGUUACGGCUGACUAAAAACAUGCGUCUAACUAUUGGAGCUGAAAGUUUAAAUAUGGAGUCUAUCAGAGAAUUUGCAAAAUGGCUUAUUGAUAUUGGUGAAGGAAACGCUGGAGAUGAUAAUGAUGGUGAAGCAAUUAUAGAGAUACCAGAUGAUCUACUAAUCACCGAUAUUUGUGACCCGAUACAAAGUUUAAUUGACUUCGUAUAUCCUUCAAUUAUCGAACAAUUUAGGAUUCCUGGAUUUUUUUCGGAGCGAGCAAUUCUAGCACCCAAAAAUGAGACAAUUCUGAAGAUCCCCGGGUUCACUGUCAAUAUGGAAGAAAAUGAUACAGGAAGACUGUUUGGAAUAGAUCGAUAA